AUGUCAGGUGGUGGAGGCUUGGAAGAAGAGGUGAAAGUGAGUUUUUGGGAAGAUUUGGAUGAGGUGGUGAGAAGUGUGCCUAGCGCGGAGAAGAUCGUCAUAGCAGGAGACUUCAAUGGGCAUAUUGCGGUACUACCUAGAGGCUAUGACGAUGUGUAUUGUGGUUUUGGAUUUGGUGUUAGAAAUGGUAAGGGAGCGGCCCUGUUGGAUUUUGCGAGGGCCUUUGAGCUGGUGGUUGUGAACUCGAGUUUUUUGAAGAAGGAGGAUCACCUGAUUACCUUUCGAAGUGUGAAAGUCAAGACUCAGAUUGACUUUCUACUGCUUAGAAAGAGGUAUAGAGGGCUAUGUAAGAACUGUAAGGUUAUUUCGAGCGAGCACCUCUCAACCCAGCAUAGGCAAUUAGUGAUGGACUUGUCUAUUAGGAAGAAGAAGAAGAGUUGGGUUAGGGAGGGUUGA